AUGGCCCUCUAUGAUAAGAUACCACAUUCCCUUCGGGACCCAGAGAAUUUCCCGCCUUUGACUCUCUGUUCUAGACUUCAUUCCGUUCUGCCCUUAGCGUUGAAAGUUGAAGGUCAGAGGCCCGCUCUGUCUGAAGUCUCCAAUAAUUCUAAAACUCCAUGGGGACGAAAACCGGUUCUUCGUGCAUUUGCUUUUAGUAUGACUACCAUGUUGAUAAUUUAUCGCGAUCCCGGCAUUUCGGUGAGGGGAACAGUCUUUCGAAUGACGGACAGAGUAGGAACACAUACAAGGGGCGGAAAUAGGAAAGCCAGGCUUGUCACACUGCAGGAGAAAAUUGGAAGCUUGGAGUCCGCAGGUCUUGGAAACCGGGUUUUGGAUAUUGAAAGUAUCAAGGAUCAAGUAUAG